GAUUUACAGUUGGUUAUCUCUGCUUCCCUUGGUGUAUGGAUAACUGUAUUUUGUCUUACCAACAUGACAAGGGGGACUAUUUCCUGGUUUGGAUUAGAUUCCCUCUUUACCAAAAGAAGUUUUUCCUAGAAUAAGUUAAUAGGUUGAGGAAAUUUGAUAGGAUGUUCAAUGAUGCACUUGUUCUUUCAGGCAUCAUUGUCUUGGGUUGUGACUUUAUCGAUAUGCAGACUUUGAAAUGUUGUGUAUUUGAUGGAUCCCUUACAUAAAGUUUUGAAAGCGUAAAAUCCUCAAGGGGAACAUAGAUAGCAUAUUACAGGGGCAAUGACAGGGUUUAAGUGGUAUAUUGUUGCAUGUUAGAGGGGCCCUUGCACAAACUACUAGCCUCUUUGAUUUCUACUCUUAAAAAAUUUUUGUUUCUAUUUUAUGUCACAUUUAUAAACAUUACUAAUGUCUGUAGGAAGAUCAACAUGAGAGGGAAGUUGAAUCUGCAACAUCUGCUGCUCAAACUCCAUCAAAGCAUCCAUUGCCAGAGCUUGAGAUAUACUGCUAUUUGCUUGUUCUUCUUUUUCCGAUUGAUCAGAAAAGACAAAAUGAGGCUAAAGCUUGUUCCUCAGCAAGUAUAUAUUGAUCAGCUCAAGAACCUAAACAGAAGAACUCUUGAUAUUCUAGCAUCUAGACUCACUUGUAUUACUCAUAUAGCUAUGAGCUCACAGGUGACCUUGCUGAAAUUCGUGGGUCCCAUGAUAUAAUGGAAUAACAUGCAAGAAACACUUCUGAACUUGUUGCUGCACAAUUACAUCCACUACAAUCUGUAUGAUCAGGCAGAGAAGCUGAGGUCUAAGGCACCACACUUUGAAGCUCACUCAAACCAGCAGUUUUGUAGGUAUCUUUUCUACCUAGGUAAGAUUCGGGCUAUUCAGUUAAGAGUAUACAGAUGCGAAGGAGAGUCUGCUGCAGGCUGCUAGCAAAGCCCCUUUUGCCACAAGGGGCUUCCAAAUUCAAUGUAACAAGUGGGCUGUAAUAGUCCGUUUGCUUUUGGGAGAAAUACUUGAGAGGACAAUAUUUAUGCAGAAAGGAAUGGUGAAGGCUUUGUGGCCAUACUUUGAACUUGCAAAUGCUGUUCAGAUUGGUGACCUGGAGCUCUUCAGAACUGUUGCUGAGAAGUUGCAUAGCACUUUCAGCACGAACAGAACCCACAAUCUGAUUGUCCGACUGCGACACAAUGUCAUCAGGAGUGGGUUGCGCAACAUCGGUAUCUCUCACUCUUGCAUUUCGCUUGCAGAUGUUGCUCAGAAGUUGAGACUGAACUCUGCAAGCCCAGUAGCUGAUGCUGAAAGCAUUGUAGCAAAGGCCAUCUGUUGACGACCACACAAAAUUUGAGUUAUGACACCAUCCACGAUGGUGCAGUUGAUGCCACAUUGGAUCACGCAAAUAGCUGGAUGGUAUCAAAAGAGACCAGAGAUAUUUAUUCUACAAACAUGCCUCAACUUGCCUUCAACUCCAGGACUGCUUUGUGUCUCAACAUGCACAAUGAAGCAGUUCGUGCCUUGCGUUUUCCACCAAAUCCACACAAGGAGAAAGAAAGUGCAGAAAAAGGGGGAGAAAGGCAACAGCAAGAAGAACUUGCAAAGCAUAGUACAGAUGAUGAUGAUGAUGAUGAUGAUGAUGAUUUUUAAUGACAUGAACUUAGAGUUUCACCCUGCAGACACGUGAUUCUCUGUUAGCCAUUGCUUCUUCUUCGGAAAGCUAACUCAUAUCCAAAUUCUCUAUUAAGGGUAAUAUCUAAUUUUAAGCUUCUGUGGAUCUGCUAUUGAUUGAUGUUGCGUGUUGCCCUCUCUGUGCUUUUUGCUUUUGACCGUAUACUGAUACCGAAUUUUGGUAUUGAUAAUUUAUCACAUGGUCUUGUUCGGCAUCUACACAGGAAUUCUAAAUGUAAUCAUGAUCACAUAGUGACAUAGGGGGCUUCCUCAUGCCACAUUCAUAUCCCAAUCAUGGAUCAUCCACGUUGUAUAGUGUGAUAACCCCACAUUUAUCUGACUUCCCUAGUUGUCCUUUACAUGAUAUAAACCCAAUCAUUUAGC